GAGAGAGAGAGACAGAGACGAGUGAUUUAAUUCAUCCCUGAUUGACUAUAGCUAGCACACUGGCACUCACAAGCACUGACACCCACACCGAACGAUGGAGAGAGACAGCAGAAAUGAGAAGUUCUUCUCCAGAAAGAGAAGUUUCACUUUUGGGGCAUAUGGAGGUGUGGACAAGUUCAUAUGUGAAAAUGAGACUAGCAGACCAGAACCUUUAGAACACAGCAUUCUGGAUAUUUUGGACUCCCCUACCAGCGAGACCAAACCGUUCCUUUCUGCUGGCAGCAACCGGAAGGUGACAGAGCUGUUUGAGAUCAUUGAGAAGUUGCAGAGCAGCAGGCUAGAUGAACAGCGCUGUGAAUUCCCUCUGCCUUUGAGGUCUCAGCUUUUGAAGAUAGGUCAUGACCUUCCUCUGAUCCUGCCUCCAAAGCUGGGUGGUUACUGGAUAGACCCCCCGCUACAGACGUUUGCUGAGACCAGUCCGACAUCCUCUCAUUAUGGACUAGACCCAGAGACCUAUGACAUCAUGGAGAGAGACAGCGAGGCCACAUACUACCAGCAGUUCUUCCGCUCACGAUAUCAUCACUCGUUCACAGCAGUGGACCCUUCCCUGGGACCCCUCCUUCUCUCUGUCUGUUUGGAGGAAGAAGAGAAGAGGCUGAGAGUAAUACUGAGGAUGAGGGAAUGCUCUAUGCAUGGGGUUUUCUCUGUGUCUCUGUUCCCAAACAUCCCGUCUGCUGUGGAGCUGGCCAAGAUGCUCUGCAACAGUGUGACUGUGUCCAGAUUUGAUGUGGUCAGUUACCUCAAGGCACCAGAUCUUAUAACAGCAUUUGAUGAACACAGAGUGUCUCUGAAUUUCAAGUUUGGUGUCUUGUAUCAGAGAGAGGGACAGUUGACAGAGGAGGACAUACUCUGUAACAAUGAGGAAAGUGAAGAGUUUCAAGAAUUCCUCUCUAUUUUGGGAGAUACAGUCACACUUCAAGGGUUCACUGGGUUCCGAGGAGGUUUGGACGUGUGUCACGGCCAGACAGGAAGUGAUGCGGUCUUCACUUCCUUCCACAGCAGAGAGAUCAUGUUCCAUGUGUCCACCAAAUUGCCCUUCACAGAGGGCGAUACACAACAGCUACAGAGGAAGAGACACAUAGGCAACGACAUCGUUGCUGUUGUUUACCAGGAGGGCCACACCCCUUUUCUGUCUGAUGUCAUCGGCUCACACUUCCUGCACUGUUUCCUAGUGGUCAGGAGGGUGAGGAAGAGAGUGGGGGACGAGGAGGAGGAGGCAGGAGGAGGAGGGGUGUUCCAGGUGUCAGUCACAGCCAGAGAGGAUGUACCUCCCUUUGGUCCCUCCCUCCCUGAUCCUCCUAUAUUCACAGAGAGCUCCCUGUUGAGAGAGUUCCUUCUGACCAAGCUUAUCAAUGCAGAGAUCUCCUGUUAUAAGGCUGAGAGGUUCAGUAGACUGGAGCUGCGCACUCGUUCGUCCCUCCUGGAGAGUCUGCAGGCGGAACUGUCCACCCGCUCCCAGUGCAUGAUGGGAGAUUCGCCUGUGUCCACCCUCGCGACUUCUGAGGGGAUGAGGGGUGUAACUGAGGGGAGUGGCGGGUUCAUCAAAAACUUUAAGAGAGCCAUUAGGGUGCGCAGUAAUUCUUUUGACACUCUUGGGGGACCUAGAAAGAUGGGCGGGGUGCCGCUCCCACAGAAGCCCAAGGCUGCUACAGAGAGAGAUGGAGAGAGUGAGUUGGCCUACAAGCCCCCUGAACCCACCUUUCCGCCCACAGACAACCUGGGCUCCACAGAGGUCAAAGACCACUCCGGUUCCCAGGAGAAUAUGUAGACAGACAAAAUGAUGUGUAUAUUUUAGUAAUAACCGAGUGGAUACUUUGUAUGUACAGUGCAUUCAGAAA